AUGUAUAUUCACUGGUUACAAUGGAAAGGAAUAAACGAAUUGAAAAACCUUGUUAAUCAGAUUCAUAAAGCCUUGUCGAUUGGUAGUGGAAUAUGUAUAGUGAAAAAUGUUCCUAUCGACGAUGACAAUGCAUCCUAUCUCUCGAUUGCUAAGGCUUUUGGUGGUGAAUUUCAUCGUGAUUUACGUAUGCCAUCUCGUGCCAUGGAAGCAGAUUCAGUGAUCUAUCGUGUUGAAGAAGAUCCUUUGAAUACUAAUGAAUAUGCUUAUUCAGCAACGAAUGCCCAUUUUCCACUCCAUACUGACUGUGCACACUUUCUUUAUCCGGCUCAAGUGAUGAUGUUACUCUGUUGCCAACCAUCGAUAAAUGAUGGUGAUGGAAAAUCUAUAUUGACUAAUGUAGAUGAUGUUUUAAAAAUGCUAACUGAACAACAAAUAUCCGAUCUUGCGACGAGUCAGUUUCCCUGGUGGCAAGGAGCUAAUCAGCAAGUACGAGCACCUAUUUUGACCAAGACUGCUGAAGGCCACUGGUGGAUUCGUUUCAAUCAAGCUACAUUGAGGCGAGAAAUGGGUGAAGAUGAAUUUGCGAAAGCAUCUGCUCUUCAAUCUCUCAUCCAUGUAUUGAACAAAAUCGAAGUCAAUCCAAGUCAUUCGAUUAGUUUAGCUUCUGGUGACUUGCUAAUUGUACAUAAUCAACGCGUACUUCAUGGUCGAACAGCAUUUACAUCGAAAAGUUCACGACUUCUCAAAAGAAUUCGAGUGCGCGUUCCAGAUUUGUGA